GAUCGUGUUGUGCAAGUCCAAUAAAAGGUUACGUCUCCUCCCAGCCCUUGACUUCUUCCUCCUUGUUCAUCAUUCCUUUUCUCUCCCUUCUCAUCUCAUUCCCUCAGCUCCACUCCCUUCCUAAUUCUCAUUUUCUGUACGACCCAAAACAUUUACGCACGUAACACAGCCGUUAAUAUCUUCUUAAUCAUUCAUAAUGAAGUUCACUGCCUGCCUCGCUAUCCUCGGCGCUACUGCCUCUCUUGCCUCCGCCUUCGUCAACCCCAAGGAGCCUUGGGGUCAGUCAAGCUGGAAGCCCGGCACCCAGGUCAAUAUCACCUGGGAUGAAGAUGGUGUUGAGCCAAAGUUGUCCUCUAACCCUGUGGUCGAUAUCUUCCUCAACACCGGUGCUGACCAGACCAACGUCAAAAUUGCCACCAUUGCUACUGGCAUCGAGGUUGGCAAGACCAACAGCUAUCUCUAUACUGUUCCCAACGUGUCUCCUCCCGGAAAGAUUUAUUUCUUGACCUUUGUCGCCACCAAUGGUCCGGGAAUGGCCUGGAGUACCCGUUUCACCAUCACCGAUGCUGCUGGUGAGGCCGGCACCUUGGCUCCCUCCGCUCCUGUCGGAUCUAACCCUGGCGCCAUCGGUGCCACUGUUACUGCCCCUGUCUAUCUGAACAGCCCAACUGCUGUCGUCCCUGCCCCUUCUGCCACUACCACUGCCCCUGUCUCUGGCGUUGGCGCUGGCACUAACCCCUCCUCUCCCGCUGGCGCUAACCCUACUCCAAGCAACAAGCCCAGCAGUGCUGUUUCUCUUAGCACCUCAGUCUUGACUGCUGCUGCAGCUUUCGUCGUUAGUGCUGCUGCUCUUGUCCUUUAAACGAUAAAGAAGAGUUUUAAUUAACCUGUGUGCUAUUAUGUGUGUACUGUCAUAAGUCGUAUCCCUUCCAUUUCUUUCAGAAUUCAUACCCACCAUCUCUUCCGUGAUCACCUUAAAAUAUUAAUAAAAAAACAUAAAUUGGUCAUUUUACAGCAGGGGAGGAGACCUCUGACCCUUGCCAUGUAACAUACUUCUCUUUAUCCAUCGUUGUACUGUUCAUUUCUGAAGCUCG